AUGGGUAUACUCAAACGCAUUGAGACACUCACAGACGUUAAAGAUCGGCCCCCGGAUCUAACAUCUCAUGAUUCCUCUGGAGGCUCUCCCGGCAAAGAGCUUGCCUUGAGGGAAAAGUACAAGGCUCUAAUUCGACAAUUACCUGCCCGGAAUUACAUCGAAAAACUCGUCGAGAUGUACAUGCGCGGCUUCAACUGGCAGUACUAUCCAAUCGACCCUGACAUCUUUUAUGCGCAGCUCGACGAGUGGAAUUCGUUGCCGUUCUCAGUAUUCUCAGAUGUCGGCCCUCGCGGCUUGAACCCUGAACUGCGAGCCUUUCCAGCAGUCGUAUUUCAAAUCAUAGCAACGGCCCUUCUCCUAUUACCCGAGAAGCCAGAUUCCACAUUUGACUCGCUCAAAUUUGCUGGGGGUAUGCGAUUCGAAGAUUUAGCUGUCGAGUAUAGCGAGUCAGGGCAAGCAGUACUUGACCUUUUGGGGAAGAAGAACUUGUCUCUGUUGACAGUGCAAGCACAGUUUCUCAGGGCGUCAUUCCACAAGUUUACGGCAAAGGUUACAGACGCAUGGCACACCAUCGCAAUUGCGAUUCGCGAUGCUCAGGACCUGGGGAUGCAUCGUGACAGCUUGGAUCCCAGACCAAAGGACGCAAGCGUCGAGAGUAUUUUAGAGAAUCAAUGGCUGAUUCAACGGAGGAGAAGGACCUACAUCCUACUCUCCAUCUGGGACCUCAACUGCGCGAUGAUUCUUGGACGUCCAGGAACCGUCGACUGGAAUCAGACUCUCCCUACACCUCCAGUCGACGCGCCUAUACCUCAAGAUCGCACCAAGAUGCCAGUGGUUCCUCGAAGUGAAGAUGAUCAUCCUACACCGAUUACUCGGCUCUUGUGGAACUACGAACUUUGUGGGCCUUUGCGGGCAGUUCAAAACCUUGAAGUCAGUGGUUCAUACCCCAUGGACCCUGCCAAGAUUGACGAGAUUCACCAAUGUAUUUUAAAUCUCGAUAAGAAGAUACCAGCUUCCUUUCGAAUGGAGAACCCCGAUACACGCUGGGACCACUUACCAGAGGCACACUGGUACCCAGCAAAUCGAUUCUACUUUGCGAGUCUUCAUGAGUUCAGUAAGAUGGCUCUUCACAGGCCCUUCAUCUUCAAUCGCCCCGAGAGUCGAGUAGAGGCUAUUCAUGCGAGCCUGAAAACACUCGAGAUUCAGAAAAUGACAUUCGAAGGUUUACCCCCAGACUCGUGGAGGAACUUCAUGUUGUUUUUCGCUAGUUUCGAUGCGAUUGUACUCCUGGCAUCCGUGUAUAUCUUGUUCCCGCGUGAGCAUACGGAGUACACCGACAAGACAAUAGAGCACUUUCAAUGGACGAUCGAACGGUUUUCGGCCAUUCAAGAGCGCAACCCACUGGCCAAGUCGGCUCAGGGCGUGCUAAGAGCUAUUGUUGCUCGAUUCAAGAGAGCAAUGAACAAAGCCCAUGCUGGUUCAUUGCCAUCUCUAGCUCCCAGUUCUUCAGAGGGGUCGAUCAAAGCAAACACAGAUUCGACACCAGGUAGCUCAUCUUUAGGCAGCAGUGAGUUUCCGGAGCUGGACUCGACAUGGAUAAUUCCCUCGGUGGACAACAACCUGAAUGCGAUGGCCCCUUUCUUUCCGACGGGAGAUCUUGUUUACAAUGACCUGACGGCGGGCCCCGGCAUGACUGUGCUUCCUCUACCCAUGGAAGGUGGCCAAGGAGAUAUUGGCAAUUAUUCCAUGUGGCAAUUUGGAGGUGGGUGGGGAGAUGAUACUGUUUGGCAAACGCUGAACCAGUUCCCUGCUGCGACGGAUGGGAGCAUUCCCGACAUCAUCUAG